UGACCAGAAAAACAACAUGACUAACCAUGACGGAGAUGUCGUCGAUUUGACGAUAUCGUUUAGAUUAGCAGAUCACUGCAACUUGGCUAAUGAAGUUAUAGUAAUAGAUACAGAUGACUCUUUUGAAGCAAGCAAUGUACGUGCAAAAAAAUCAAACAGGAAAUCGCCCAGAGUACGUAAAUCUUCAACUAAAACUUCGACACCGUCGCCCAAAGAAAAGUGUGUUGCAAACACGAAAAGAAAAUCAAAUCAAAUAGGUAGUUGUCCUAUUUGUUGGGAAGAACUGGGGAAAAACCCACUCGCUUCAACAAAAUGCGGGCAUGUUUUUUGUCUUAAAUGUCUUGAAAAAUCUUUAAAAGUUGAAAAAAGAUGUCCGAACUGCAGAAUUAUGCUGAAAGGAGCCUCUGCAUACCAUCGCUUGUAUUUAAGUGUGUGAUGAGAUUUAUCUAUUUGAUUUUAAUUAAAUAAUUAACUUACCUCUUAAUAAGAAUAUGUACAUAAGUAAAUAAUAUUUAGAUAUUUAUGUUAAAAGAUUGUGAUCAUAAUAUAUAUUAAUCCACUGAACAGUACAACAUAGUAAAAUAGAACUGGCAUGCUUACAAUUUGUGAGCUUUCUAAAUUGUUUUUAAACCUAGUUAUUAAUACAUCUAAUUUUAUUUUUACUUCAGACCUUAAGGUGUAAAGUUUA